GUGCAAAUGACAUUACAGAACUUUUUUUUGAAUGCUAAGGACGAUCUUUACCUUCUUCAAAUCGAACCUAGGAAGCUUGGGGAUGGAUUGAUCUACGAGGCUGUGGAUGAUGUGAAUAGCUUUCCUCACUUCUAUGGUCCACAAAAAACCUUUCUUCCUCUUCCUCUAGAUUCUGUCGUCAAAGCUGAGAAGCUAACAUUCAUCAAUGGCAAUUUCACCUGCAGCUUCUUGACUUGA